UUGCUGCCUUUUGUCAUCACUGUGCGUCGCUAUGUUUCCAUUAGGAUCCAUGCUUGAUCAAUUUGUUAAUAAUGCCGAAACUUCGUGAGUUGCCUGUUACCGACACCGAUUGCGUCUUGCCAGUUAGGUUUUGGUCUGCUGUUGACGUGUGGAUUAAGAAACCGCAUGUUUUGAAUAAACGACUGUGUGGCGUAAAAGAGGAGGAUUAUAAAGAAGUGAAUGGCACAGAACUUGAACACAUUUUGUCAGUUUUAUGGGGUGUUUCUUUCGACCAGUUAAAAGACAUAAUCUUUUAUUUGAACAAUGGCGACGAAUGUCAGAGUCAGCCCCUAGAUACUGAAAAUGGACACUGGUGUUACGAAGUUAGAACAAUCAUUCCUAAAGUCAACUCAUAUGGGACCCAAAUGCAUAAAGAAAUUAUGCUAAAAGACUUACCAAGAAAACGUGUGACGUUUUUGCCCUUCGAAGAAAGUGCAGAUGGAGACUGUGUCUUUCGGAAAACUAAUGUAUAUCAGAUUCAGCUCAACAACCUAAAUAACGACGAAUGGUCCAUCUCUAUAUCCACCCUGGGGGGGAAUGACUGGUUCUCUGAUGGCGUGGUCUACCCCCGUUUAUCUUGGCUGGGUGAUGAUCUGCUGCCCAGACUGGUGCGCUGGGCCAUGGACAGUCAGACGAGCGAGUUCAAGAGCACCUUGUCCCUUCUCCCCAUUGAGAAAUAUGGACCACUGUACCAAGAGCUGAAGGCGAAGUACAGGGAGAUAGUCAAGGUUUGGCCUGAAGUGACAGAUCCUGAGAAGUUUGUUUAUGAAGAUGUUGCCAUUGCGACAUAUCUGCUGGUCUUGUGGGAAGAGGAGCGGGCUGAGAGGGGACUGACGUCUAAACAGUCUUUUGUGGAUCUUGGGUGUGGCAAUGGACUCCUGGUUCACAUACUGAGCAAUGAAGGGUAUCCCGGGAAGGGCCUCGAUGUCCGGAGACGGAAGAUCUGGGACAUGUACGGUCCUCAGACACAACUGGAGGAAAGUGCAAUCAUCCCGAGUGACGGCUUCCUGUUUCCUGAAGCAGACUGGCUGAUUGGCAACCACUCGGACGAGCUGACCCCAUGGAUACCCGUCAUAUCUUCCAGGUCUGCCUACUCCUGUCGGUUCUUUGUCCUUCCGUGCUGCUUCUUCGACUUCAGUGGGAAGUACCAGCGACGCCGGUGCCGGGUCUCCCAGUACAGGGAGUAUAUUGACUUUGUCUCCGAGGUCGGCUCCGUGUGUGGGUUCCAGGUAGAGGAGGACUGCCUGAGAAUCCCCUCCACCAAGCGGGUGUGCCUCAUCGGGAGAACCAGGAGCUACGAGCGGCACAAGGAGGCCCAGAUUGAGGCUCAUAGGUCAUGCUUCAUCAGUAGCAGGGCAGGGGUCUCUGCUAAUGAUGCUCCGGCAGUGGACCAGCCCAGACCGGGGGAGUACGGAGACGGAGCGGGUUGGGGGCGGGGCUUCCAGCCCAGGCAGCGGACAGAAGCCAUCAGGAACUGCGCCAGCCUCCCCCGGGACCUGGUUGAGCGCGUGGUCUCGCAGGUGGCAUUAGCCCUGCUGUCGUUGACCUCCGUAGAGGGCAGCGGGGGAGACACCUGGAAUCGAGGAGGAAGCCUGACACUCAGGGAGGUAGCUGAGCUCCUGGACAAGGACAAACUCCUCACCCUGAAGAACGAAUGCGGAGGGCUGCAGACACUGCUGAAGAACAACCACCAAGUGUUUACAGUGGUGAAUGGCAGGGUGUCUGUGCGUGACUGGCGUGUACCUGCUGGAGCACGGAAGUCCAAACCUGGACCCGGAAGCAGACGGACAGUUACUGAGGCACGGAAAACCCGGCCGUGCUGGUUUCAUGCCCACCAUCCACAAGGCUGCCCCCUGGAGCCCGAGAACUGUGCCUACGCCCAUGGAGAGAUGGACCUGCGUCCUGCCAACGUGCCUCAUUGGAGGAAAAGGGACAUGUGACUGGAAGACAUGCAAAGGCGCUCAUGGGAACAACCUACACAAUGAUCAUUGCACUAUCCCCUGAGUUCUGUUGGCUGAGAAUCAGCUGGUGUGAUUGCCUAAGGCAGUCGCAUUAUAUGCAUAGAAGAAGUAAAGUUUGUGUGCAGGUAUAGAUCAUACGCAGAGGUGGAGGGUUCAGGUCCAGAGAGUACAAAUCCAGACCAAGAUUUUGUUUCAACCAACCAGUUGAGUAUAAAGAGUUACAGUCACAUAGUACUCAACUGGUUGGUUGAAACAAAAUCUUGGUCUGGAUUUGGACUCUCUGGACCCGAAAUCUAUACCUCUGAUCAUGCGAGGGAUUAUAUGUUAAAAAAUGGAAUCUUAAGAUAAAUGAGAUGCUUGUUUCCAUCAGUUUAUAAUCCACUUUUUAAAAUAAGGGAAGCUUUUCAUUUGAUCCAUAUUCUUUGGGACACGUGUGCUUUUACGUCUACUGACUCUGCCCCAAACGCUCCCUCAGACAGAACCACACCGAGCCCCGUGAGAUGCUGAGGUACACACUGCCAUCAAGUGGAACCGGCCCUUUCGAGUCCUCCGGAAAUGACAGAGGUUAUUAAGACGGGUCAGGCUGGUGCCUUAUGGACCAAAGAAAAAUGGUGCUUUGAGUCCGGAGCUGCGUUUAUUUUUAGUUGCUGUCGCCGGGGGAGGGUCACGAUAUACUGAACGGCGCAUUCCUGAGUUUAUUAGAGCAUGGCUCUCUUUCUGUGUAAACAUUGUAAAUAAAGAAGCACAACUGUGUAUUUCCAGGAA